GGUGUUCGGUGAACAUAAACGAUAACUUCUGGGCUGGUGGUGUGCUUGUGGCUGGGUGCCCGGGGGUGGGACGCGUGGCGCCCUGCUCAGCAGCCCCCGCAGAUGAUCGCGUCGCUGGUCUUGUCGGGCUCGGGGCUCGGCAGCAGCCUAGGCUUAAAAUAAAUCCGGUUGCAGAAGGGAGAUGGCUGCCUGCCCUGCAAAGGUGCAAACUAGGUCAGUGUUGUCAGGCACCUCCAGCUCUGCCCUGCCUUUACUUUAAGAGAAAGGGGGAAAAAAAAACAACCCAAAACAAGCAACCCAACCAAAACCCAAAAAAGCCCCCAGCCCAACCAGCAGUGUUACAGCCCUUCGUAUAGCGAGUUUUGGUCACCAGCGCUGGGCCAGCUUCCCUCAGCCGCCUCUUGCAGAUGCUUCAGAGAUGAUCCACGGCUCAUGGUUUCCAGGGGGAGAUGCUGAGCCAAGGAAAAACGACGUCAGAAACCACACGAUUCCGACCAGGCUCCAUCCCUGACGUUCCGGCUGCAGCUGGAAGUGCGGGUCGCGGGGUGCUGGUCCUGCCCCUCCAGGCUGGGUCCACGGCGGUCUGGGCACGUCGUUAACUUAAAACGACUCAUCCGAGCCUCUUCAGAAAGUGCUGCAAGAAACUCUACGGGAAAAGACCCCGCACGAAGCCACAGAGGAGCAAGUGCCGGGAGGUGCCGCGUCCUCGUGAGCCCGGGCAGCCCCGAAGGGAGCAGGAAUAACCCCGAAGGGAGCAGGAAUAACCCCGGGUUGCUCCCAGGCAGAGAGGAUGCUCUCACAGGGAGGUGCCAUCCUGCUGCUCGUGGGCGCCAGCCCGUGUCCGGGAUGCUGAGCCCAAACCCCAGCAGCCCGUCCCACCCUUGGGUGACCCUCAAUGCCGUGCUCGAGGGGCCGUCUGGGGUGGAAAUGAUUUACACCGUGCCCUGGCCGUUGGGACGCUGGUGUAGGACUGGGACUGGACCGCAGACCUCCCGCCCGGCGUCCUGGGCUGCGGCGCUGAGGGACUGCCCCGGGAGGGAGGAUGUCUGCUCAGCACCAAGAGGCUCGGCUGCUGCAAGGAGAGACCUUUGGGUUUUCUCCGCUGUGAGCGGGGCGUUGGAGCAGGGAAAUGCAAUUUAUUCCACUUUACGCAAGCGGAGGCAGAAGGUGCUGAGCAGGGCAGGAUCAAGCUGCUGUUUUCUAUCAUCUGUUUAAUUGUUUUUAAUUAUUAUUUUUGUACAUCUGUAUUCCCCCCCUGCCAUCCGCAGCGGCUGUACGAUACAAUACGGGCUUGAGAUUCAGGUUAGGCGGUAGGAAAGCUGCCGACAGGCAGAGCAACGACGUUCUGGCCUCUGGCAAGUUGAAGCGUCUCCAUCCCGAGGCACCGAAGUAGUUUAUUAAAACCAAAAAUAAAUUAAAAUAAUCCGUAAGUAAAGAAAAUCUGGCCCUGGGGAACAGGAAUGGGCUAAACAGUCUGUCCUGGGCCCAGCAGGCUGUUUUCCGUGAUAUUUAUAGGAUGUUUUGUAUUUUAAAGGAAGGAAUUGAAGCCAAGUCCUGCUGAUUAUUACAAAAUGUUAGCUGCUGUUUGUGGAAAGGAGGGGAAGAGCCGGUGUCUGAGCCAGCUUAAUGCAGGGAAAACUGCGGGGAAUUUAACGUUUCAAGUAAUUCUGCGCUGCAGGGAGAUAACCAGAGCACCUUGUACAAAGGUCUUGGCAGCUUUGAAUAUUUCAAAGUGCUUCCCUCUUCGCCUUCUCUUCCGAAUAACGUCUAUAUGAACAUAAAAAAACGUCUGCUAAUAAUGCUUGAUGGUGGCGACGUGGGUUAUGACGCUGGGACUGAGUAAAUCCAGGCUGGAUGCAGCCGGGCCAUGGCGCAGCUGGAGCUGCUGUGGGCGGCCGCCGCGCUGAUGGUGCUCGGAGCCGUCGUCAGCCUCUGCGUGCGGUGCCAGCUCUCUGCUACCAAGCGAGAGAAGCAGCCGGGUGAGCGGAGGAGCCAGCUCGAGAGCCACCAGAGUUUUGAGGUGAUUCGAUCCCAUUCCACUACAGCCCGAAGGCCGGAACAAAUUAAGGAACCUGAAAACUUAUUAAUAGCAAGGAAAACCACCGAGUUGCUCCGUGCCUCCUGCCACGCUGGAUACGGGAACAGGACCGAGCCCAGGUAUCAGAAUUUCCUGACAGAGGACUGCCUACAAGGGGACGCUGCCUACGUGGAGCCCAUAUCUCUGGAUUACUACAACUGUGCGCGCUUCUUCACACCGCCCCACGAGAAAGAAGAGGAUUCCCAUUCCUACCAAAACGUCAUCGUUGGAGUGUCUCACGGCUCCGAUCCGGUCACAGACGAUGCUGCAGACUACGAGAACAGCGUGGCGGUGCACGUAUGGAAACUCCAGCAAGUGGAAGCUCUGCAGGCAGAAAGCCCGGAUGACGAGCCGGACUACGUUAACACGGCCCCUGCGUCAGGCUCUGCCCCUCUGCCCAAGCAAAGUAUUCUGCGUAAAGUCUGAAGAAUUCCUCUGCUGAGCUGUAAGAGCACACCCAGUGAGCGCGCACACAGGGAGAGGCGAGACUUUGAUCGUGCAGUGAAAUCUCUUCUCCAGAUUGUGCUCAAGAUCACCGAGAAGGGGUGCCGCUGAAAGGAGGAAACGCUCUGCUUGAAGUCCCACAGAAAAAGUCCAACUCCAAACCUGCAACUGGAGAAAGCACUCUGCCCAGCGGUGGCCACGGGCAAGCCACGAGCUCGUUAUCCCGCCUCAUUUCCCUGCAUGUCUUGAGGGGGGAUGGCCAGUCUGUGCAAUGGUUUCUCCUGUCAAGCAUGAAACGAAUCUUUAAAUUGCUGAGCAGUAAUGCAGCCAGCUACUUAAUUUGUCAGGGUGACUCACGCACGAUGGUAUUAAGACGUAGGGAUUAUGUUCCGCUUUAGUUCCCGUGCUCUCCUGCAGCAGCGGUUUCCUGCAGGAGAGGAACUGGCAAGGCAGAGGUUGCUUUUACAACAGCAGUGGUUCUCUAGAGCUAAAUGAGAUACCAGCCUGUUCACAAAAGCUAAAGACUGAAGAGGAUUAUCCAACAGCUUGUAAUUCACAAUGUUUGCCUAUGGCAGUUUUCCUUGGGUUUCGGUAUCCGUUGUAUAACGAUACAAAGACCCUGCGAUAACUGAGAAGGUCCGAGCCACAGCUGCCAGCCUCAGAAACCACACCAGUCAUUCAGUAUUGCCGUAGGAACGUCAGCCCUGAAACGUAACCCUUGUCUCUUGAGCCCUGAUGCAUGGAUUUGGCACCAUUGUACCACUUAUUUAUUAAAAUUGAAAGGCCUCCAAAGAAAA